AUUAGCAGUACCUAAUUAAUAAACUUCUUGGUAAAGUCCUGUAUCUUGGUCGAAUUACUUCACCGUGUAAAUUGAGAUUAGACGCGAAUAAGGUCGAAAAUAGAGUAACCGAUGAAGAAGGUGACAGUAAUUGUGUCCAUUCUUCUCUUCUCAAUACUUCGUUUUCAACCAUUCGUGUCUUCGUCGCCUCUCUUAUACGGAAACCAGGUUUAUGAGGAAUCUUCUGGUGAAAGUAGGAAUCUUAAUCAGGAGCACGAGCAUGCUCCUGAAGUGCAUUGCUCCAGAGAGAGAAGUAGGGUUGCUUCGAAAGUGAUAGAGGAGUAUUUGACACCAUUCGUGGAAAAAGAAAACUAUCAGCUUUCAAGAAAGUGCAGACUUCACCCUGAGAAUGAUAUGUUUAGGGAUCAAGAAGAGCAUAGAAUAUACCUUGACAGAAAUGAAUGGCGAUGUGGAUAUUGCAAGAAAAGCUUCCGUGAAGAAAAAUUUCUUGAUCAGCAUUUGGAUAACAGGCACUGCAAUCUUCUGAAUCUAAGUCAUGGCAAAUGCUUGGCUGAUUUAUGUGGGGCAUUGCAUUGUGAUGCUGUGACGAAUUCCAAAUCCUCUAGAAGCAAGUGUAAUCCAGCAGCUGCUGCAAGAAAUCGUCACCUAUGUGAGAGUCUUGCUGACAGUUGUUUUCCCAUAAGCGGGGGUCUAUCAGCAAGCCGUCUUCAUGAAUUGUUUCUGCACCAAUUUUGUGAUGCUCACUCCUGCUCAGGGAAACACAAACCCUUCUCUAGAGGAGGCAAGGGCCAAGGAAGUUUCUUUCGCCUGGCUGCCGGAGCAUUGAUCUUAGUGCUACUUCCUGUGUUCUAUCUCUUUAUUUAUUUGAUACAAUGUGAUAUGAAUGGUCGAACUCAAGAUCUUCGUCGCAUCUCCAAAUCUGGAUGGAAAGCAAAGCCAUCAUGAUUGCUGUUUGGUUAGACUGUAGCAGUCAUCAUCUAUGAUGAAUGGGUUGACAAAAGUGGGAAAUGUAAGGCCUAAUGUUGAUUUUGGAUUUUCCCCGAAGUAGAUUCUCUCUGCAUGUAUGUGUCAAGGAAAGGAUUUGAGAAGUAUUAUGAGUGCAUGAAGGAAAUCAAACUUCGCAUUGGUCCAGCGUCUAACACACAUUUCCUGAGGUAGUGAAGGGCAUGAAAGCAUUAAUUGAAGAUCAUACAUCUUUUGUCCAUUUAGCUAUCAAUUGGGAUUGUUCUAAAAAUAGCCAAAAAUGUGUUUGCACCAUUAACCACUCUCAGUCACUGAUGUAAGCUGUUUGGCAUUCUUUAGAAAAUCCACGCACAGAGCAUUCAUGCAUGUUAGAAUUACAUUGGUGCAUUAGCAAAAAAAAAAAUUGUGUACACUUAAAAUAUUAAAAUAGAAGGAAUUAAAUAACUGUUUAUUGGAAUUGUGUGUA